AUGAAUUGUGGCGUGCUACAUUGGAGUUAUCGGGAUUUUCGGCUAAUGCCUGAAGAACUGCGAGCAUGCGGAAAGCAAGUGCUAGAAGUUUAUCUAAAGGAAAAUUUUAUUCCCUCAAUUCCGCAAUGGUUUUUCGAAGAAAUGAUUCAUCUCCGGUUCAUUAGUUUGGCGGGAAAUCUCCUGGCGGAAAUCCCCGAGCAAAUAGCGUUGUUGGUUAAUUUGGAAUCGCUAGAUCUUUCGCAAAAUGCCAUCACAAUGCUUCCAAAUUCCUUGGGGUGCUUGCGUAAUCUAACCACUUUGAAGAUAAAUGAAAACAAGUUGACAUGUUUGCCACAAGCGGUUGGAAAAUUGUCCAGUCUAGAAAUUUUAGAUGCAUCCAACAACUGUCUAGUGGAAAUCCCGACGGAACUGGCGCUAUGUAGCAACCUAAAAGAAAUUACUCUGAAUGACAAUCACCACCUUAUUCGGAUACCUACUAAAGUUUUCACGAUGCCACAACUGGUGUUUCUGUCCGCUGAAAGGUGUAAUCUGCUGUCACUACCAUUUAUAGUGAACAGUUUCUCGCUAGAAUCUGUUAAAGUGUUUAAAAACCAUUCGUUGACACACUAUCCAUUAGUGUUGGAAAAAUUUAUGCAACCUAAUUAUGACGCACUUAACACCGUAGAACAGAAAAGAACUAGCAAUAGUUCCAGUUACCGACGAGUUUACUGUGAUUCCCUGUUGCGCCACCUAAUAUUCCCAGCCGAGCUGACGACGAUUCUGGAUCGUCGAAAAUCCGGCCAAAUGCCCAGCUCUCUGUUGGAAAUAUGUCUCCGGAGUUGCCACGGCCAUACGAAAAUAAACACCAACGUGCAUCUGUUGGAGCACUUCCUGCCGCUGGGUUUGUGGCUACGGCUGCAGCAUGGUCCGGUAGCGAACUGCGGCAGUUUACCUUGCGGAAAAACGAUCUUUUCCGGGUGCGUGCUAGGAUUGGUGAAAAGGCGAAAGCAUGCACGACCGGUGGGAUUCAGCAUCCUUUUCUGUUCGAAACUUUGCGCAGAUCUUUGGUUCCAGUACAACUGCGAUAUCUAUGAAGAACUUAGUUGGACUACUGCAUAA